AUGAAUAUGAAAAGCACAUCUAAUAAUCAUCUCGAUAUCCUUCAAUACCCGUGUGAUAUCAGCUCCAUUCAUUACUUUCUUGCAGGAUUUCGUCGUGGUGGCAUUCAUAGUGCUUCAUCAUACGUUUAUUCACAAGGCACAAAUAGCAUGAACCCAGGAUCUCAGCCUGAGCUCAAGGAAAUUUCAUCUUUCGAGCUUGUUGAAGUCAAAUUCGCUCAAGUUAUCUUCAAAAGCGCCCCUUUAACAACGUUGAUCGCGGUGUUUUGCAGCCCAUAUAAGCCAGAGUGCAUCCCAAACAAUCAUGUUCCUAAGUUUCCUUAUGGUUUGUUUUGUUCCACCAAUAACUUUCAGAUGGAAAACCUGCGGGAGGAAACUGUUAUCAAGUUUGAUUUGAAAGUGUAUUCCUCUCUGUCGGAAAAACUGUACGAGCUUGUAUUGUGUUUGCUAUAG